AUGAAUGCACCGCAAGGCGGCACCACUCGGUCCACAUCUCCACCAUCGCCGGCGCUGCCCCCAAACAACCUCGCAUCCCCAUCCCCAUCCUCUUCGAAACUCGAAGCCACAUCGGCAUUCAACGCAUCCAACCCGCUCCACCCGCUCCUCCCGCCUCCACCUCCGAACGCAAAGGCCGACAACGACGACGAACGACGGUGGGGCCUGCCCACGGCGCACCCGCGCGACUGGUCGCCCACGCUCGAGGCCAAGCUGUCGCGCUUCUGGCACCUCAAGGCCGAGGGGACCCACUUUAACGCCUCGCUCUCGUCCAACCGCGCGUUUAACAACCCACACAUCUACGACAAGCUCGUCCGCUUUGUGCGCAUCGACGAGACCGCGUCCAACUUUGACGACAUGGCCGCGUGGAAGACGUGUCUCGUCGAUGAGGCGGAGAGGCGGGAGAGGAACAAGGAUCGUCUCGCCUCGGAACAACGGGCAGCAGCUGACCGCAAGGAGGAGCAGAGAAAGGCGCAGCAGCGACAGAGCAUCGCCUUCGCUCCCUCGUCAUCGGCGUCGGCGUCACCCUCGACCCGCUCGCCGGCCGCGUCGGCGGGUGGGAUAUCCAAGCGGGCCGCCAUGGACCAGGUCGAUCGGUGGAAGGGCAAAGAGGGUCUGCGUCUUGGUCCUCCCGCCCAUCCCUCCUCUUCCUCGUCGUCAUCGUCGGAUCGACAUCGUCAUCGGAGGGACGAGGGAAAGCAGCAGCAGCAGCAGCAGCAGCAGCAGCAGGAGAAGAGGAAGGGGUGGCGAUGA